AUGAUAAAUCAAGGUCACUUAAUUUUAGCAGAACACGAUGCUGAUUCCACUGAGGGUUCAGAAUCGGGUGAAAGCGGGUCUGUUGACGAUUCGGACAGCUCCACUGAUAGCGAGGAAGGCGACGAAGAUGGAGAGGAUGAUGGCGAUCAAGGGAUGCACGGCGAGGAAACCGCUGUGGACGCAUUGAAAGCGGAUGAAAAUGUGAACCAUCCUCCCAUCUGUGGUUUGUGCCUAAAUCUUUCUGAGAUUGCCAAAACGGAAGAAGUAAUGCGGUGCGACAAAUGCGGUCUCACCGUUCACGAUUCGUGCUACCCCUCAUUAGAUAUGAGUGAAGAUAGUGACAGCUCUCAAUCCACUUCAUCAAUGGAGCCGUGGUUCUGUGAGCCAUGCGUGUACGGAUACAAUGAGCCGCCUUAUUGCGAACUGUGUCCUUCUAGAUAUGGAGCGAUGAAGAGAUCGGAUGUUGGUGGCCGUUGGGUACAUCUCGUUUGCGCCCUCUACACACAUGGCGUGACUUUCGGGGACAUCGAUCAUCUCGGUGCAAUCAGCUGGCAAGAGAUGGAUCAUCGAAAUUUCGGGCGCAAAAGUUGCAGUGGAUGUACUGAUGUAUUAGAAGCUCGGUCGGGUGUGACAACUCGAUGCGAACUUGGUCUGUGUAAGCAGUAUUACCAUGUGACAUGUGCACAAAGGCUAGGAUUAUUGGUGGACCAUAGCGAAGAUCUGGAUCACACUAGCGGUGGUGGCUUUCAUCGGCGUGGUGAACACCACACGGUCGAACCUCGCUAUAUCAAUUGCAGGCAGCACUCCAACCCUGACGAUGUGCGUGUGAAAAAGCAAGCGGCUGCGCGGUUCUUAGCUCAAGAGGAGCGUCGGCUACUGAUGGUUGGCAAAAAUGUGUUAUCCGAAAGAGAAGAGCGUAAGAGACUGAGAGCUCGGGAAAGAUAUGAGAAACAGUUCCAGUCGUUGAUUGGAGUCACCAUCUGUCUACCGGAGGCGUUUCAUGACAAGCAAGAAAAGAAAGUACGAAGGGCUCGCCAUUUGACAACUUCACCUGAGUUUUUUGAGUGGUUUCAAGAAAAGGCAGAAAUAAGCGGAGUGGAACCCGAGCAGUUUAGAAAGGAGUUUACGAGGGUCACUGGCGAUACCAUUCCAUUUCUUACUCCCGGAUUUUCUACGCAGUUCUUUGAGUAUCUGGACAACCGUGAGAGAAUCGUCAUAGCAGCCGAGGAACAGAAGCUGCGGGCAGUGAAUGAAUCUAAGAAUGAACAACUCGGAGAAAUGGCGAGGGUGCGUAGUGAGCAAAGAAAACAGUUGGCGAUCGCGUUCCAUCGCGCACUUAUGAGGCUUGGCGCUAAAAAAAUUCCUGCACAUUGUCCGGUAUCGAGUGACAAUAUUGUGAGCGGGAAAACACCAACUCGCCCUGUGAGAGAUUCUCCAAGCCUCAGUUGUGGAACGCCGCCGCCAAAGCUGAAGAAAGAAGUGUCGAUCCAUGUGUGCAAAGAGUGUAGAAAGGCAAGUGAUCAACAUUUGAUGGUGGGAUGUGAUUCUUGUUACGAAUACUAUCACAUUGGUUGUCUUGAUCCGCCUCUUGAAAAAGUCCCGAAGAAAGUCAACUGUGAGUGGCACUGCGCUGACUGUUGUGACAAUAGUGGCGAAGAAGAGGAAAACGAAGACAAUGAAGAUAAUUCGAACGAUGGCGUCGGUAACCGUAGGCUGCGGCAACGUCGGGACAGCCUCAGAGCGAAACGGCUAGCUGCGGUUGAGGAAGAAAAGCGUGCAUACAGAGCUGCCAUUGCCGCAGGUGUUCGCAGUGCCGGCUCUUCUCACAAGAGUCCUGAUACAAAAAAAGCGCCCACAAAGCGUACAUCGCUCGGUAGUUUACCUAAAAAUUCGACGCCAUUGAAACGCCAGCGACAGGACCAAAUCAACGGGCACAAAUCAAACGGGUUUUCAUCGAGUGGUCGUGAUGACGCGAGCCUUCCUCCCAGUCGUCAGGGGUUUCCUCCUAGUGUGAGGGCUCAGCAGGCCAAAUAUGUGCCGGAAGAGGAAGAGCUAGGAGAGGAUUGCUUUGUUAUUCUAGACGAUGACGAAGUGGAACUUUAG